AUGAAUGAAAUGUUAACAUUAUUAUUGUUGUCAUCAGUAUUGGUGUCGUUCAGUGUUUGCAUUCACUCACAGAUCAAACACUAUCCGAACGUAACGCUCGACACGUGUGGUAUCGGACGGCAGUCACUGUUGACUACAAAAAACUGUUUCAAGUGGUCAUCAAAUGUGACUACAAGUGUACAAAACGGACGGUUAGCUCAACCGGGAGAGUGGCCAUGGAUUUAUUUUGAUAUUGCAUUACUGAAAUUGAAUUCACAUAUCCCUAUCACACGUACGGCCGGGUAUUAUACGGUAAACGGUAUUUGUUUGCCUGAGAUAAACAUUGUUAACAUCGAUGACGAGUUGGCACUGGUGGCUGGUUUUGGUUAUAUUGAUCGGGGAGUCAGUAAUCCGGGACCGUUGAGAACGGGUUGGUUAAAGUUAAUGAAAACAUUUGGCAAUAUCACAGAUAUAUUUGGCGCUCGGAUCAGAGCCUUUAGAUAUCCGACUAAUGGAGGAAUGGCUACUUGCAUGGGCGAUUCUGGCGGACCAUUGGUUCAAAAUGUUUUAAGUAGUGAUAGUAGUGAUGGUCAGAAUCGGGCCGUACUUAUCGGUGUGAUUGGCGGUGCAUCUGGUAAACCACCGGUCGGCUAUUGUCAUAAUCCCGAUCCCGAUAGUGCAAUGGUUUUUCUAAGAGUAUCAAAAUUUAUUGAUUGGAUUGUUGAUACUGUUUUAAACAAUGCCUAA